AUGACUGAUCCAGUGGUGGAUAACGCCAUUAAAUUAUUAAAGGAUUUAGUCUUCCAAUCUUGGAAGUCUGCAGUAAGUAAAUCAUUUAAGAAUGGUUCCCUUCAAUUAUUAGAGAAUGAUAUCCAUAAAACGUUGACAGAUAGUGAUUUACGCACAACAGUAGCACAAUUAUUGAUAGAAGAAAUUACAAACAAAUUUAAUAUUGUAGAAGAAUAUAAGAAUUAUAAAAAUUGUGUCAAUUGUUCAAAUAACUGUAGUAUACAUUGCAUCUAUUGUAAUGUAGAAGAAAUAAUUGAAACGUUGAAAAAAUUUUGUGAAGCAUUUACAUUAAACAAUAAUACUUGCCAUGAUUAUUUUAUCUAUUGCUUAUAUGGAAUAUUAAAAGACAGUAAAUGCAAUGAUAAGGAAAUUCAUGAAUUCUACAUUAAGUUAAAUAGUCAUUGGAAAUGCGAUGUAGCAGAUAAAUCAUGCAAUAUAAAGUAUUUACCUAUAAAGAACAAGGAUAUACUAAAGAAUAAGAAAGAAUUAUAUGAUUUUUUGAGAUACUAUAGAACUAUAAAAAUAUUAUUAAAUAAACAGAAAUCGUCAGAAAAAACAACAUUUUGUAAUUAUAUAAAUUAUUUUUUUAGUUUAUACGAAAAAAUUCAUAAGGAAUAUAAUUUACUAUAUUCAGGAACCUAUGAUAAAGAAAUAGAAUUAUUUAAAUCAAUAUUUAAACAUGCAAAAGACGAAUUAGAAUUUUUAGAUAUAAAUUGUCCUCAUAACAAGGCAAAUUUGGCGUUUGACAAAGAAAAUAGAAAGAUAAAACAAAUAAAACAAAAUUUAUACGAAGACUUUGUUAAAGAAAAGUCUCAAGAAUUUGAAAAUAUAAAAAAUGAUUUGUUGGAAAAUUCAUCCAUGUAUGGAUUUUAUUCAAAAUUAGAUGGAAAUUAUAAUGUUGGUGCUAGCAUGUCAUAUGAAUUGAAGGAGGGGGAUGAUGAUUACAUUAAGGACAAUGAAAAUUUUUUGAAUGUAUGGAAAAAAAUUGAUAAAAUAUUAUUAGAAUGGUCAAGCUAUUCUUAUAGACAGGAUAAUUUAAGUAAUAAUGAGAGAUGUGAAUACAUAAAUUAUUGGCUGUAUGAUCAAAUAAAAGACAAUAGUGAUCCUCGAAACAUUAUUCCAUUUCUUUACAGAAUAAAUGGAAUUAUUACUAGCAAAGGUUAUUGCAAAAGAAAAAAUUUUGAUUUUCAUGUGGAACAAAUAAAUAAUAAGAAACAUCUGCAUGAUUUUGUAAGAAGUUAUGAUUUUAUAAAAGAUAAAUUGAAAAAAGCAAAUGAUGUAGAAAGGGAGAUGUAUUGCAAAUAUAUAAAUAUUUUCUUUGAUUUAUACAAACACAUGGAACAAGAAAAAAAAGGGGUUCAAGGAUAUAAAGAUGAAAUAGAUUUAAUUUCAAAAUAUAUAAUAGAAGAUACUACCUAUAUUGAAUUAGAUAUGGAGAAAAAUAGUGAAUAUUUGAAACAUUAUUGCACAGAUCUCAAUGAAUUUGAAUAUAAACAUAAAGGGGCUUUUAAACUUUGUCAUAAGCUUGUUAAAAAUUUAAUAGACUUAUAUCGAAUAGAAAAAAAUGUAGAACGUAAUGACCGUUGUUAUGCAUUGAAACACUGGUUAUGUGAAGAAAUAAGGAAAUUACUCAGUGUUAAUUCUAAUGAUGUUAGUAAAGAACCUGUGAUUGAUAAACUAAGAAAAGUUGUUUUCACUGUUAAUCAUAAUUAUUUGUUAGGAAAUCCUUGCUAUAUCGAUCUCGUUGGUACACUGGAUCAAUGGAAAGAGGAGAAAGAACUAUAUGAUUAUUUUAAUGUUUAUGAUAAAAUUGAAAAACACACUAAAUCAAAUAAAAAUAGCUGCGAUAAAUAUAUAAAUAGUCUAUCUUCAAUUAAUGAACUAUAUGAGAAACAUUUAGGGAGAUGCUGCUAUUGUUAUAGUUAUGGUAAAUGUGUGGAAAUAUGUCCAGGUUAUUUCAAAUGUGAUGAAAAAUUUAACCCAUAUAAUAUUUUUUCAAAAUUGAACUGUGAAGGAGAAAAUAUUAAGAAUUUUAAACAUGUUAAGAAACCACCUCCUGUUGAUCAUUUUGUUAAAACUAGGACUCUCAACUCGUUUUUAUUCGCAUCUAAUAGAACAAAAUUCGAUACAUUCUAUACUAUCACAACACUACUUUUAGGAUUAUUAGGAAUAUUUAUGAUACAUUUCAUUUUUUAUAAGUUUACUCCUUAUGGAUCAUUCAUAAACAAAAAAGUUUUUAAUAAUAAAAAUAACAUGAUUAAUAUGAGUGGGAAAGGCAAGAAAAAAUUAGAACAGAAUAUAUUAAAACAUAGAAAUACAAGUAAGAAAUCCAAAACAAUUCAUUUUAGCUACCAGAAUGCAUAA